AUGUCUAGCAGAGACGCCUCUUUGACUCCUCUAAAGGCGGUGGUGAUAGAUGACCCUCCACUGAGGCAGACCCCAGAACCAUUUGAUGAACAAUCAACAUACGAUCCACAGUUACCCAUUGCCAUUGAUUUUGGUUCUAGCAAACUAAGAGCCGGGUUUGUGAAUCAAAGUGCUCCCACACAUGUUUUCCCUAAUGUUCUGACAAAGUUUAGAGAUAGGAAGUUAAAUAAAAAUUUUACCUUUGUUGGUAAUGACACCUUAUUAGAUCAAGCAGUGCGUUCGCAAUCGAAAAGCCCAUUUGACGGACCAUUUGUAACUAAUUGGAAUUUUACAGAGGAAAUAUUGGACUACACUUUUCAUCAUUUGGGCAUAGUACCAGAAAAUGGUAUUUCUAAUCCAAUACUACUUACAGAAAGGAUGGCAACCGUUCAAUCACAAAGAGCAAAUUGGUAUCAGAUUUUGUUUGAAACGUACAAUGUUCCAGGUGUCACUUUUGGAAUAGACAGCUUGUAUGGUUUUUACAAUUAUUAUCCAAGUGGAAAGCAAACAGGGUUAGUCAUUGAUUGCGGUCACGAGGAUACUAAUGUAAUCCCCAUUGUUGAUGGCGCUGGUAUCUUAACAGAUGCGAAAAGGAUCAACUGGGGGGGACAUCAAGCAGUUGAUUACCUGAAUGAUUUGAUGGCUUUAAAAUAUCCGUAUUUUCCAACAAAGAUGUCAUAUUUGCAGUAUGAAACAAUGUAUCAAGAUUAUUGCUAUGUUUCACGAAAUUAUGAUGAGGAUGUUGACAAAAUUCUUACUUUAGAGAACCUUGAUACUAAUGAUAUAGUAGUUGAAGCACCUUUCACGGAAGUUCUUCAGCCCCAAAAGACUGAAGAAGAGUUGCGAAUUCAAGCCGAAAAGAGGAGGGAAACUGGGAAACGCUUGCAAGAACAGGCACGAUUAAAGAGAAUGGAAAAGCUGGUUCAGAAGCAGGAGGAAUUCGAGUACUUUUCAAAGUUGAGAGAUCAGCUUAUUGACGAACCUAAAAAGAAAGUACUCUCGGUUUUGCAGAACGCUGGAUUUGACGACGAGCGUGAUUUUAAAAAGUAUCUUCAUGGCUUAGAGCAGUCAUUAAAAAAGGCACAAAUGGUUGAAGCAGAGGAUGACAGCCAUUUGGAUGACAUGAAUGAUGACAAAUCUACUCAGAAAUUUGACUUACUUGAUAUUGCAGACGAAGAUCUGAAUGAAGAUCAGAUUAAGGAAAAAAGGAAACAAAGAUUCAUGAAGGCAAGCCAGGAUGCUAGAAGAAAAGCUAGGGAGGAAAAGGAAAGAGUCGCCAAAGAAGAAGAAGAAGAAAGAUUAAAAGAGCAACAAUGGCGUGAAACUGACUUGAAUGGUUGGAUAAAGGACAAAAGAUUGAAAUUAAAUAAACUAAUAAAAAGAAGAAAAGAAAAAUUGAAAUUACGUGACGAAAUGAAAGACAGAAAAUCUCAAGUUUCUCAAAACAGAAUGAAAAACUUAGCUUCAUUGGCUGAAGACAACGUGAAACAAGGAGCCAAACGUAGCAGGCACCAAGCUACUAUAGACAAUGAUCCAAAUGACACUUUUGGUGCUAACGACGAAGAUUGGCUUAUUUAUACCGAUAUUACUCAAAACCCUGAAGCAUUCGAAGAAGCUUUAGAGUAUGAGUACAAAGACAUCGUUGAACUUGAAAGAUUGCUUUUAGAGCACGAUCCAAACUUUACUGAAGAAGAUACUUUGGAAGCACAGUACGACUGGAGGAAUUCCAUUCUUCACCUGUUUUUGAGAGGGCCCAGGCCUCACGAUAGCGAAAAUAUUCAUGAACAACACCAAAUGCAUCUGAAUGUGGAACGUACUAGGGUACCUGAAAUUGUAUUCCAGCCAACAAUGGGCGGACAAGAUCAGGCAGGUAUUUGCGAGUUAGCAGAAACUAUUCUGCUCAAAAAAUUUGGUUCCCAACCGGGAAAAUUGAGUCAGACAUCUAUAGACAUGGCAAAUAAUGUUUUCAUCACUGGCGGUAAUGCUAAGGUUCCUGGAUUAAAAGAGCGUAUCGUGAAAGAAUUCACUGGGUUCCUUCCCGUCGGUACUAAUAUCAAUAUAAAUAUGUCUUCGGAUCCUUCAUUGGAUGCUUGGAAGGGCAUGGCGGCUCUGGCACAGAACGAGGAGGAAUAUAAGAGAACUAUUAUCAGUAGAAAAGAGUACGAAGAGUACGGUCCUGAUUACAUUAAAGAGCAUAAAUUAGGAAAUACGAAAUAUUUUGAAGACUAG